AUGCAUGAACGCUCAUCGAUGGAUAACGUUUAUAACUCACCUUCAGAAUUUGGCUGUUCGGUACGGGAACUACAAGGACUUAUGCAACUCCGUGGUGCUGAGGCAGUGGAAAUUGUAAAUAAAAAAUAUGGUGGAGCUUCUGGUCUAUGCAAACGGCUAAGAACAUCUCCAACUGAUGGAAUAUCAAGUCAUGAUUUAGACAAACGUCGACAAGUCUUUGGAACGAAUGUAAUACCACCAACACCGCCAAAAAGUUUUUUUCAACUAAUGUGGGAGGCUUUACAAGAUGUAACUUUAAUAGUUUUAAUGGUUGCUGCAGCUGUCUCACUUCUAUUAGCAUUGUAUACAAAAUAUUUCGGUGGUGAAGAUCACACCAGUGAUGAAACUGAAGGUGAGGUUAGUUGGAUAGAAGGUGUUGCGAUACUCUGCGCUGUUGUUGUAGUAGUUUUAGUAACCGCAACUAAUGACUGGCAGAAAGAAAGACAGUUUCGUGGCCUUCAAGAUAAAAUUGAAUCAGAUCACAAAAUGUCCGUUGUUCGAGAUGGUGAGAUUACUGAAGUAUUAGUUGGUGAUAUUGUUGUCGGAGAAAUCUGUUUGGUUAAGUAUGGUGAUUUACUACCAGCUGACGGGAUAAUCCUUCAGAGUAACGACCUGAAAGUUGACGAAAGCUCCUUAACUGGUGAACCGGAUCAAGUGAAGAAAGGUGAAAAUGUUGACCCAAUGCUGCUAUCGGGUACACACGUUAUGGAGGGUUCCGGUAAAAUGCUCGUCACAGCGGUUGGUGUCAAUUCACAAGCUGGUAUUAUAUUUGCACUGUUGGGUGCAACUGAAGGUGAUGGUUCAGCUGCUCCUCCCCCACCUCCAGUGAACCUUCCUAACGCAAAUGAAAUGACACAGAUUGAAGGUCACACAAACCCUUCACGAAAGAACAAUGAUGCCGAUGGUAAACAAAAACACAGAAAAAACCCAAACCUCAGUGAGCAAACUAAUGAUCACAAGCAUCCAGUAAAAGGAACUGGCCAUGUUGCUUUCAGUGGUACAUCCGAAGGAAAAACUGUAGCUACAGGAGAUCAUGUCGAAAAUCAUCAACGUGACAAUUUAAAUCAACGUAACAGUUUGGUUGAAGGAGAUGGAGAAGUUAUUGAAGAUGAUAUUGAUGCACCUAAGGGUCGUAAACGUAGAAAGAAAAAGUACUCUGUACUUCAGGCUAAGUUAACCCGUUUAGCCAGUUUAAUAGGUCAAAUGGGUACCGUCGUGGCUAGUCUAACGGUGGUCAUAUUAAUUAUUAAAUUCUCUGUGAAUACAUUUUACUUUGAAAAAGAACAAUGGGAUACAGGUAGACAUUUACACCAUACCGGAAGGUCUUCCUUUAGCCGUUACUAUUUCUUUGGCGUAUUCCGUCAAAAAAUGAUGAAGGACAAUAAUCUUGUACGACAUUUAGAUGCAUGUGAAACAAUGGGCAAUGCAACAGCUAUUUGCUCUGAUAAAACAGGUACAUUGACAACAAAUCGUAUGACAGUUGUUCAGUGUUAUUUUGGUGGAAAAUUAACUCGAAAUGAAAAUGAGCUACCAAAGUUGAAAGAUUUAAAUCAUCGAAUUGGACAUAGAUUAGUUCACAGUGUUUCUAUUAACAGUAGCUAUACAUCACGCGUUGUUUUUCCUGAAAAGCCAACAGAACUGCCUCAACAACUUGGCAAUAAAACUGAAUGCGCUUUGCUUGGAUUUGUACGUCGUCUUGGUGUUAACUAUGAAGAUAUACGAGAACAAUGGCCUCAAGAAAGUUUAAUCAAAGUGUUUACAUUUAAUUCCAUUCGAAAAUCUAUGAGCACUGUGAUUAAAAACUUAGAAGCUGAUCGACCAGGAUAUACUGUUUUUACUAAAGGUGCAUCUGAAAUGGUCUUAAAAAAAUGCAGUUUUAUUCUUGAUGCUAAUGGUGAACCGAAACCCUUCACAAUGGCCAAUCAAGAAAGCUUAGUGCGGGAAGUGAUAGAACCAAUGGCUGGUGAUGGACUUCGAACCAUAGGGAUAGCAUAUAAAAGCUAUAUAGAUCCUGUUGUUGGAGUGGCUGCCAAUGAAAUUCCUCUCAACCGUGGGCAAAUACCCGAUUUUGAUGAUGAAGACACAGUUGUCUCUGAUUUAACCUGUAUUGGUAUAGUAGGCAUUGAAGAUCCUGUUCGACCAGAAGUUCCUGCAGCUAUUCGAAAAUGUCAACGUGCUGGGAUCACUGUUCGUAUGGUGACCGGUGAUAAUGUAAAUACAGCACGAUCAAUUGCUGCUAAAUGUGGUAUCUUAAGACCAGGUGAUAAUUAUAUUGUACUUGAAGGAAAAGAGUUCAACAGUCGUGUACGUGAUCCGCGUACAAAUCGUGUAAGACAAGAUUUAAUGGAUCAACUAUGGCCACAGCUUAGAGUUCUGGCACGUUCAUCUCCACAAGAUAAAUACACACUAGUCAGUGGAAUAAUAGAUAGUCAUAUUUCAACACGUCGUGAGGUUGUUGCUGUAACUGGUGACGGUACAAAUGAUGGACCUGCACUGAAAAAAGCUGAUGUCGGCUUUGCAAUGGGUAUAGCUGGAACAGAUGUAGCCAAAGAAGCCUCUGAUAUUAUAUUAACCGAUGAUAAUUUUACCAGUAUUGUUAAAGCUGUUAUGUGGGGAAGAAAUGUAUACGAUUCCAUUUCAAAAUUUCUUCAAUUCCAAUUAACUGUCAAUAUGGUGGCAAUUAUAGUGGCAUUUGUUGGCGCCUGUUUUAUAACUGAUAGUCCAUUGAAAGCUGUUCAAAUGUUAUGGGUCAACUUGAUCAUGGAUACUUUGGCAUCGCUAGCCUUGGCAACGGAAAUACCAACAGAAGAAUUACUUGAACGGGCACCAUAUGGUCGAACAAAACCAAUUAUCAGUCGAAAUAUGAUCAAAAAUAUUGUAGGUCAAUCAUUGUACCAGUUGACGGUUAUUUUCUACCUAAUAUGGUUUGGUGAACAUUUAUUAGAUGUAGAAAGUGGUCGUGGGUUAAGUGCAAAGGGUAUAAAUCGUCCAACGGAACAUUUUACAACUAUAUUUAAUUCAUUUGUUAUGAUGACAUUGUUUAAUGAAAUCAAUGCAAGAAAAAUACAUGGACAAAGAAAUAUUUUCUCUGGUUUAACAAAUAAUAUACUAUUUGUUAUUAUUUGGAUUUCAACAUUUGCACUACAAGUAGUUAUCAUUCAGUUUGGUGGAUAUGCAUUCAGUACACGCCCAUUAGCUUUGGAACACUGGUUGUGGUGUUUAUUUUUUGGAAUCGGUACACUAAUCUGGGGUCAGCUUAUCAUCACAAUACCAGUAUGGGUAAUUCCAAAACGAAGAAGAAAGGCAAUUAAGCCAAGACGUUCAACACUAAUUACAACACAAGAUGCAGUUGGAACAGAAACUGCUGGACUGUUCGGUCAAGAUGUUACACAUACAUCGAUAGCAGACGGUGGUUUAGGUCAUCGACCAAGUACAGGGUUUGUUAACAAAGCAGCUAAUGCAGUUGUCCGUGGUUUUGGAGCAAUUUAUACACAACCUGAAGGUGAAGAAGAAGAAGAGGAAGAUGAUGACGAUGAAGAGGAAGAAGAUGAAGACAGAGAAAAUUUGGGCAGUGCUGAACUACGUAAUACAGGCCAGAUUUUAUGGAUUAGAGGUUUAUCAAGGCUGCAAACACAGCUCAAAGUUGUACGUGCUUUCAGUGGCCGAGAUGAAUCAGAAGAUGAACGUGGCGGUAUAGCAGCACUAAUUCGCCAACAAUAUCAUCGUCAGUCAAAAGAUGGUAUAUUUAAUCAACAACACGUAUCUAGAAAGAAUAAACAAUCAGAACAUUCAUUUAAGAAUAAUAACUUACAUCAUUAUCAACAACAACAACAACAAUCCACUGACUUAACAGACCUGUCCACCACUACAGCAAUCACACCGAAUGGUUUAUGGGAAGAAACUCCCGAAGAUCAUCCUCUAUUGAGACUGGAUUUAGAUGCACAUAAAAAAGGUCACGGUAAUAACAGCAACAGUGGCAGACAGAUAGACGAACAGAAAGAGGAUAGAACGGUUACUGAAGUACAGACGGUUCAUACUGAAGAAAAUAUUUAUAGUACACAUCUAGGUAAUCCUUAUCAAGGUGCAAAUGAAACUAUACGACAUCCACUGAAUUCAGAACUGGAAGACUGGAUUAAAUCCAGUUGGAUACAAGGUGGAGAUGAAAAAGAAAGUGAAAGUCCUACUAUAUCAGGAUCUCCUUAUAAUGUUGAAGAUAUUUCAGAUCCCCAAAGUAAUGUAACACCUUCAUUUAUCCAUCAAGAUUCCAGUGUUAAUGUCAGUAGCAGAAUUCGACCAUCAAAUCGUUCAUCUAAUCAAGGCAGAAGAUCAAGUAAACCACCUGCUCCACCACCUCCAUUGAAGCAAUCAUUUAAUACAGCUACCUCAGACAGCACUAAUUUAUUCUAG